GCAAUUAUGGCUAAUAUUGAUCAGAAUAAUGAUUUUGCUCAACAAGCAGGACCAGGUGGUUGGAGUGAUCCAGAUAUGCUUCAAAUUGGUAAUGGUGGUAUGAGUGAUAUUGAAUAUAGGACACAUUUUUCUCUUUGGUCUUUAACUAAAGCACCUUUAAUUAUUGGAUGUGAUAUUCGAAAUCUAAGUGCAACAAGCCUAUCAAUUUUGUCCAAUUCAGAAGUUAUUGCUGUUAAUCAAGAUCCAUUAGGUAUUCAAGGGAAAAAAGUAGCUUUUGCAGCAGCACAAUCAUUGAAUGCUUCAAGUGAAGUUAUCGUUGCUAACUGUUCAUUAUCAACUAUUGAUCCGAAACGUCGUCAAUGGGUAUACAAUUCUCAAGAUGGAAGCUUUCAAUCAGUAUUUAAUGGACGAUGUUUAUCAAUUGCUCAAUGUAGUACAAGAAGAGAAACAUAUGCUGUAUUGAAUGAUUGUCAAAUUGGUGAUCCACAAGCACAAUGCCAAGGUAAAAAUCAACAAUGGACAGUUAAUCCAUCAAAUGAGACUAUUGUUUCACAAAUGACUGGUUAUUGUAUGGAAGUACAUAAUUCGUAUGGUCCAAAUGUGUAUGCACUUUUAUGUAAUGGUCGACAAAAUCAAAAAUGGAUAUGGAAUUCAACAGAUGGAACAAUAAAAAGUGAAUCGAGUAAUCAAUGUUUAACAGUUCCAUUAGAACUUGAAAUAUGGGCUGGUCCACUUUCAGACGGUUCACAAGCUGUAGUUUUAUUCAAUCGAGGUGAUAGUAACAAUGAACGUAUCACUGUCAAAUGGAGUGAUAUUGGUUUUCCGAUUAAUAAUUCAGCAACUGUUCGAGAUUUAUGGACGCAUCAAAAUCUUGGAAUAUUUACAGGCAAUUAUACAUCACCAGAUAUAGUUUCUCAUGGAGCUAUGAUGAUAAAUAUUAUUCCUACGAAAUAG